GCAUCAGGCAUCGCCCUCGUAAGGGAGAGAGCAAAAAGCAAAAGAAAGACGCUUUUUAGACAGUGGUGUCGAUGACGACAAUGCUCUGCUUACAGAAGGCCCGUGUCUAGUUACCGCAGAGGGAAGGUUUGCUACGAUGGUGGUGGAGGGGAGCGAAAGGACACGACUUGGAAGUGAAAAUGACGACGAGGGAGAAGAAGAAAUAGAGGGAUGGAGGAAGAAAUGGCUGAGACACUAUGCCUCACAUCAUCAGAUACUGUUGGUGGGCGAAGGCGACUUCUCUUUCUCGUCGAGUUUGGCCUCGGCUUUUGGCUCUGCCUCCAAUGUGACCGCCACUUCCCUCGACCAUUAUGAUGCCUUGAUCAGGAAGUAUAAGAAAGCAAAAUCAAAUUUGGGGAAAUUAAAUAAGCGGGGAGCUUCCUUGUUGUAUAGAGUGGAUGCCACCAGAAUGAAAUACAAUGCAGAUUUGAGAGUGCGGAAGUUCGAUCGAAUCAUCUUCAACUUCCCUCAUGCGGGGUUCCAUGGAAAGGAAGACAACGUGCAGUUGAUCAACAUGCAUAGGAAACUUAUGUAUGGCUUCUUUUGGAACGCAAGCCAAAUGCUUCGUGCUGAUGGUGAAGUGCAUGUAAGCCACAAGACCGAAGCUCCAUAUUGCCAUUGGAAUCUGGAGGAACUUGCAUCUCGGAAUUCUCUGAAAUUGAUUGAUCAGACAGCUUUUGAAAGCAAGAAUUAUCCAGGAUAUCACCACAAGCGCGGAGAUGGUUCGAGAUGUGAUGAACUCUUUCCUCUGGGGCCUUGCAGUACCUUCAAGUUCAGGUUCUACCCUGGAGCUAAGGAGAAAGCUAGGGAAGUGUUGGGAGAGUCAAUGACGCACAACAAUGCAAUUCAUGCAGAAUGUCGGCAAAUUUAUGUGAGUCCAGUUCAGAUGCCUGUAGAGAUUCCACUAAUUUAUGGGAGAUCAGUUCAGGUGCAUGUAGGACUUGAGCGAAUUUAUGAGAACGUGAUGCGGAUACUGGAGCAGUUGCUGCCACGCUCAAUGACCCAUGUUCCGUUACCCAGGAAUAGACAUAUAGAGUUGGGAAUGAAUUUCAGGAACGAAGAUGGAGGGAUUGGUGCUAAUUACCGAAACAUUGUGCAGGAGAUACCACAUAGCACAUGUUAUGAUGCAGGGUUUCGCUUGGUCCCUCUGCCUGGUCUUGCCCCCGAACAACAUUAUGCAGAUGUAGAAAGAAGAAGGUCUGUUGGUGACCUGUAUCUUUUCCAAGAUCCCCAACAUCUGGAGUACUUGAGGAGGCUCGUAGAUUCUUUUGGAAGGCCGUGACUGAUCGCACUCCCCUUAUGCACGCAGGCUACGCAGAGAUCAUCAAUGCUGGUCGGGGAUAGAAUAUUUUGGAAUCUGUUUUUGUACAGAGGUUAUGCGGACGGCGCUGGUAAAUGGUAGAAUCCUUUGAAAUCUGUUUUUGUAUGGGCUGGAAAGUUCUGAAUUUCUUAUGACGCCACCAAAUUCGGACGUUUAAGCUGAGUUCAAGACCUGGACAGAUUUCUGUGUGUUUAAAUAUUUGUCGGAGCAAUUUCAAGCCCCGUUCUCCAACUAGAGCAAAGAAUGUUCAUGGGUGUUAAACCUACCCCCUUUUUAAGGUCGGGAACAAAUGGUUGACUUUGGACUCCUGUAUCUUGACGUUUGUGUUCCAAUUUUUAUUUUGCCAUGAUUGGCGCUUCGUUUGAUUUA